GUCGAUUCCUUCGCUGUCGUCUCACUGCCCCGUCCUCCUCUCCGUGUUGUUGUUCUCGGUGACGCGACGGAGGUGUAGCCUGACGCGGUCUCUUACGUGUCGGUCUGAAUAAAAGUGGAGCUCCGUAGACCCGGGAGUGACGAAGCGAGUCUGUAUUGCUUUUAAAUUAAGAUGGAAGCUGGUACAGAGGUACAGCAGAGUGGUGAAACAGUUGUCUCUGAGUCCGAGGUACAGCAGAUCACCCUUGCUCAGGCGUCCAUCGCAGCAGGCCAGGUAUCAUCCGGAGGUCCAGGAGUCACUAUAGUGCAGCUACCUAACGGUCAAACAGUCCAAGUGCACGGGGUGAUCCAGGCUGCUCAGCAUUCCGUCAUUCAGUCACCACAGGUCCAGGCUGUACAGAUUGCCGCUGUGGAGAGCGAGGAUUCCCAGGAAUCUGUAGAUAGUGUCACAGAUUCACAGAAGAGGAGAGAGAUUCUUUCUAGACGGCCUUCUUACAGGAAGAUUCUUAACGACUUAUCGUCAGAUACUCCUGCCGUGCCUCGAAUUGAGGAGGAAAAAUCUGAAGACGACUCAGGUCCAGCCAUCACCACAGUCACUAUGCCCACUCCCAUUUAUCAGACCAGCAGUGGCCAGUACAUUGCCAUUACUCAGGGCGGGGCCAUUCAGCUGGCCAGUAACGGCACAGAUGGAGUGCAGGGCCUGCAGACCCUCACCAUGGCCAACGCUGCUGCAGCGCAGCCAGGGACCACCAUCCUGCAGUACGCCCAGACCAGCGACGGCCAGCAGAUCCUCGUUCCCAGUAACCAAGUAGUUGUUCAAGCUGCUUCUGGCGACGUCCAGGCCUACCAGAUCCGGACAGCUCAAACCAGCACCAUCACUCCGGGGGUAGUCAUGGCAACAUCUCCUUCAUUGGGAACAGCAGGAGGUACAGAGGAAGUCACACGGAAAAGGGAGGUCCGACUGAUGAAAAACAGGGAGGCAGCCCGGGAGUGUCGCAGGAAGAAGAAGGAGUACGUAAAGUGUCUGGAGAACCGUGUGGCCGUACUGGAGAAUCAGAACAAAACCCUCAUUGAGGAACUCAAAGCCCUCAAAGACUUGUACUGCCACAAAUCAGAGUAGAAAAGUCACCAAACACCGCCUGGGGGGGCAGUGGGGGCCCGCGUCCCCAUGUACAGAGACUCAGCUUAGAGCCACGCUUACAGAAGCGACUCCUCCUUUUCUACUUUUCCUGCUUUCUUAAAAAAAAACUGCUGAUGAAUCUGAGAGUGGCAAUUACUAAGACUUAAAAAAUUGUCUGUCCCUCUUUGAAGCAUCAGUUUCCCAUGAAAAGAGGUGAGGCAAUGUUUCUGAGAUCAUGUGGGAAUAUCCAGGAAAGCAUUCCAGCCACUGGUGCCCAGUCAGACUGGGCAGAAUCACCAGCAAAGAGGAGCUGACAUCAAAUACCUCCCACGAUGGAACCCGGUCGCUCAGAGAGGUUCCCUUUGUACUUGUAAUUUGCAUUCAUCUGUUACCUAAUCACUAUAAACUGUAGGUGGGUCCUUUUAUCUCUGACUUGUAUUUUGUUUAUCCUCAGUUUAUUUGCUUCUGUGAUGCCUUUUUGUUUUUUUACAUAAAUCUGCCUUUUUAGGACACGAACAAACGGCUAAACGUCGACUGUAAAAUGCAGCUUUAAGAAUACAGUAUUGAACUUGGGAAACAUUUGACAGUUUGUCUAAUUUUUUUGUUUUUAUCUGAAGAUAAAGGCUAAAUAUUUUUUUUAAUGUAACCCAAAAUGAUGCAAAUCAUUUAAAGUUCCUGCUACAGGAAUAAAUUAGGGCAGGGAGUAUAAGAUGUAUCAUAACUUAAGGGGAAAGAAAUAGUUUAUUUUUUGUUAAAGGUGAAUUUCAAAAAUGUACUGACCUUUAUUUUUACAGUUUAUUAUUUUUUGAAAAGUUAGUUUUACUGUUUUUUAACAAACAAAAACUGGACUUUUGCUGUAAAACAAAUAUCUGCACAGGCAGAUUAAAAAGUACACCUUAGGUUUUUUUUUUUUUUUACAGGGUUCUAAAGUUAUUUAAAUCUAACUUCCUGUAUUUCAUGCUGAAGAAAAUUUGUAUAGAAAACUUAAGUAUAGCCCAUGAAUCUUUAGACAUCUGGCUUCACAGGACUCUAGAAUAGUUUUACGGACCCAGGUACUGCCUCUGCAAACCAGCCCAAAUAAUCACCGCUCCACAACCGUGCUUAACAGUAGGAGUACGGUGUUUGUGAUGUUAUGCAGUUUAGUUCUCUCCCAGAUUGAAUAACUACUUUGCCUUUUAAAUUGUAAAGGAGAGGGGGGUGUACUUAGUAUUUAAGUCUCACCUUUAUCUUUAUAACUUGACCAUGUCUGUUUUUAAAUAUUAGAACUUGGUAAAAAAAAAAAAACUGCUUUUUUAUUGUUCUAAAACACAAUACCCUAAAAUUUAGAGGGUGUACUUACUAUCCAUAAAACCUUAAUUUGUAAAUCUUUAAAGACUCACCGAAUGAAUAUUGUUUUAUAAUGCACAAUAGGCCCAGGUCAUUAUUCGGACUUUUUGUGAGGAAAACUUAAACCUCUUAGGUAUAAAGUAGAUCCGAUUUAGUCUCCCUCCACCCUGGAAGUCUGUAGGAAAACGGAGCGGUGUGCGCACUUUCCUUGCUUUUUAACAAUCCUGAAACAGUUCAAAGAACUUGAAGGGCCCGGAGCCGACUGCUCCGUGAGAUUCCUCCAAAGGUUUUACUAAACAAGUGUUUUCAUUAACAUGGGAUUCGGUCCAAUUAAAUUCCCUCCUGAAAAAAAGAAUGUAAUGUGUGACAAGAUCAGAGAAUGAACGGAGCUGUUAUUUUAAUAAUGCAGAACGCCAUAUUGUACUAUGUAUAGUCAUGAAGUAGUAUGCUUUUUUAUGUUUUUUUUUUUCACAUUUUCUAAAUGUCAACAUCAACUUGUAUAAGAGUGCGUUUCUGUUAGAGGCAUAUAAAAGAUUUUUGGCAGCUGAUAAUAAACGUGUUUCUGGUG